AUGAAGGCCCGUGAGUUCUGUGAGGUGUUGAAGCGCAAGACCAGCAUACAGUUAGGCCAGGCCAUCAAUAUUGCCGUGUACCGGGACAUUGCUAUUGGGAUCAGCUGGCAGUUCAUGCGGCUGUCUAGCGCGUUUGCCAGCAACGUGCAGGAGAAGCAGGAAUUGGCAGCAGCCACAUUAAACACAGACACAGAGAAUAGCAUGGAUAAGGAGCAGUGGAUAAGCCAUAUCGCCGAUUUACAGGCAGCACAUUCAUUAUAUUUAGUGGGGAUAGUAUACACGCGCGGCAUCAUGGAGCAGGCUGGUAUCACCAAGCACUGCCAGGCCAUAUUUUGA